AUGCCGCGAGGUCGACUGUCGAACGGGAAACGUGGGGCGACCAUUCCUAAGCGCCUGAGCUUAGCCAAGAAGGGAAAGGAGGUGGUGCAGCCGGAGCAAGAUGACGGGACGGGCGCCGAAAGUGCAGAUUCGUCCGAGCGCAGCGAGGAGGAUGACGAGGAAGGCUCAGACACAUCGGCCAGCGCCUCACACGAAGAAUCCGCCGACCCUGCUCCGGAGGCGAAGACGAACGAUGAUGGGUGUGCGGGAACCGCUGCGCCCAAUGCUGACACGCGCGCAAGCCAAGGCGCGCGGGACACGGAUGUGCCUCGAGGUGACGGCCGAGGACAUGCGGACGGACCUGUGGACCGCACAUGCGGGAACACGUUGAACCCAAACGGCGAUGACGUGCGCAUCCCGAGCAGGGUCCUCGAGCAACUUAUACAGGCUCAGGACAAGAGCGCCAAGGAGAACGCGCGGUUGGAGGCGCUGUUCUUGAAUGCGAUGCCGACAUCGACGAUGACCUUCUACCCGAGCAACGACGAUAAGACUCAUGGACUGUGUGCGGUGCUGGACCGCCUGCCGCAUAGCUUCGCUUGCUUGGCGUUGGCGGCUGACAAGUCGCGACGCGCGGACCUCAACAAGACGCUCUCUGAGUGGAAGACGCGGGCCGCCGCCCGCGUGCGAGACAUUGCACUUCCCAAGCUCGGCUUGUUCCGCGACGACAGGGACGCAUCCAGCCCGUGGGCACCAGAGAAGGAGCGUAGUAUCGAGAAGAUCCGGGAGCGCAUUGGGCUUGGCGCUGACCGCCCUGAAACCCUGGUGCUCACGAGCUGGGCGACAGACCGGGACAGCAUGCCGUUUGCCUCUCGGGCGUUCGCGACAUGCGCGAAGGCUGCAUUCAGGCCUAAGAAGGCCGGGCUGGUGAUGACUCUGAAGGUGUACCACCUGGCCUGGUUGGAGCAUGUGGUCUCCGACUGCGUCCUCUACUGGGAGGAGAGGAAAGGCCGGCUUUCCAACUCGGCCGGGGGAAACGCCCACGUUGUGGACGGCCUCAAGGUCCUGGUGAAGGAGGCCGUGGAGAGGGCGAUCCGGAUCCGCAACCCGGAGUAUGACGCGGAGCGCGAGGCGUGGACCUGGGGCCGCCAUGGACUGCGCAUCUCUGCGUGCGGCCUGGAGCACAUGAAGCCCACCGCCGCAGCUCAGUCCGAAGACCUCGUGGGGGAUAACGACCUUUCGGCGUCAGUUGAUCUUCACUUCCCCCUCCCGUCGCCUUCCCUUCCCCCUCCCGUCGCCUUCCCUUCCCCCUCCCGUCGCCUUCCCUUCCCCCUCCCGUCGCCUUCCCUUCCCCCUCCCGUCGCCUUCCCUUCCCCCUCCCGUCACCUUCCCUUCCCCCUCCCGUCGCCUUCACUUCCCCCUCCCGUCGCCUUCCCUUCCCCCUCCCGUCGCCUUCACUUCCCCCUCCCGUCGCUCUUCACUUCCCCCUCCCGUCGUUCUUCACUUCCCCCUCCCGUCGCUCUUCACUUCCCCCUCCCGUCGCUCUUCACUUCCCCCUCCCGUCGCUCUUCACUUCCCCCUCCCGUCGUUCUUCACUUCCCCCUCCCGUCGUUCUUCACUUCCCCCUCCCGUCCUCCUCACCACUCCCCACCGCAUUCUACUCCCCUUCCACGCACUCACAAUCCGCCUCGCGGGCUGAAAUCGUUACAAGCGGGAAUAUCACCCUCACACACCGCAGGUCUUUCCGGGUCACUCUGUCUCCCCUCUUCAUGCUCUUCCCCCCUGGGAAUUCACUUUGUUUCACUGCACGCUUCACCCCCUUCGAUGGGGGCCCCUCCAAUUACCAUCUCUCCCGCUCCCAUUCCCUUCAACGACGGGGACCCGCCCCAUCCCCCUUCUCCCCAGCGUCCAGUCCCCCACUGCCCCCCGCCCUUUCCUCCACUCCCACACGCCCAUUCCCCCACUCCCGUCGUUCUUGCCCUAUCCCCCCCUCCUCCAAUACUCCUCCCUCCUUCACCCCUUUCCCACACAGUUUUCCUGCCUUUCCCCAACGCCACCCUUACCUUUCCUAACGCACCUCCCUUCCCCGCGAUACCACCCUACCACCCUGAAUUUCCCCUACCAACACCCUACCAAUCCCCCAUUCAUACCCCCCCCCCCCCUUUCUCCCGCUCCUACCCUCUCUUUCCCCCACUCCACCUCGUCCCUCCCCGCACAGCCUCCGGCCUUUCGGUUACUUCCCCGGUCCAAUCCCCCACUUCCCCUACGAAUUUUACCCCACCCCCUCAGGGCCACACCGCCUUUUCAACCAGGCAUGCCACGCACCUCCCAACGCGCCUCACCCUGCUAACCAUGUCAACCUCCCAUCCCCCCUGCUACCCCUGUCAUCCUCCCAUCCCCCCUGCUACCCCUGUCGUCCUCCCAUCCCCCCUGCUACCCCUGUCAUCCUCCCAUCCCCCCUGCUAA